AUGAAGACCUUCGUGGCUUUGGUGGCUGUAUCCCUCUUGUCUCUCAUUGUUGCAGAGGUUGAGCAACAUGAACACCAAGAAGAGGAGGACAAUAGCACACAGAUCCCUGAUUACUUAACGGAUGUACAAGAAAAAAAUGUCAAUGUUCAGAUUUUUGUCAUUUUAAGAGAGCUGGAGGACAAAUUGAGAGACAUUGAGAGACAGUUAGUGGAUCUGAGGAGGGAGGUGAGAGGUAAGAACCCGCAGAGAAAACAUCAAGUAAAAUAUGGUUGUAUUGUUCUAUGUGGUUCCUUUUGUGUGUGUGUGUGUGUGUGUGUGUGUGUUUUUUCUUAAUUUUCAUAUAAAAUAAAACCCUUUUCUAUGUAACCUCUGAAGGUAACCAGGUGGCGUUUGGGGCAUCUAUUGGUAAUGUGGGAAAUAUCGGACCCUUUAAUACUGAAAUCACUCUGACCUACAGGAAUGUCUACUCAAACACUGGCGCCUACAACCCUACAACAGGUAGAGUCACAACUACUACAUGCACUUUGUUAUUUGUUGAACAAAUACAUUGUCCUGUUUGGGGCAGGUGCUGAAACUUAAUGGAUGCUGUCCAGCAGCAUUUCUUCCCAGAAAAGUUCACAUUCAAAGAAAUGAAGAAGGUUAAUGGGAUUAAUUGUCCAUCACAGGUGAUUGGACAGUCACAGCUAAAGUGGUAAAUGACAUGCAGUAUGAUGUAGUUCUGUUGAUUAUCCACAGGUAUCUUCACUGCUCCAGUCAAAGGAGUCUAUUACUUCAGUUUCUCUGGUCAUAACAUAUCAAGCAGACCGAUGGGGCUGCGACUGAUGAAAAAUGGAGAGCAGAUGGUCACUGUGUACAACCACGUAGCUGGAAACCGCCAUGAGACAGCGACCAAUGGCAUGACUCUACAGCUGGAAGUGGGAGACCAGGUGUACAUGAGGCUCCGUGCAAACACUUGGAUAUUUGACAAUCUGAACAACCACAGCACCUUUGUUGGACAUUUGCUGUUUCCUCUGAGUUAG